AUGGCAACAGUUGGUGUGGUGGAGAGAAAUCCUGCACUGUCACCGGAGGCGCCACUGGCGCCGGUGACGGUGGAGCGGCCGAUAUGCCAAGAGGAUUGGCUGCCCCCCAACCUGUACCAGCCCAUAGGAACACCAGGCCUUGUGCAUAACCAUUUGAGUGUUCUUCAACAGCACGUAGCUUUCUUCGAUCAAGAUGACAAUGGAAUCGUUUAUCCAUGGGAAGCUUAUGUUGGACUUUGCCAAACUGGGUUCAGCACAAUUGUGUCUCUUAUAAUAGCGGUCGUCAUUAAUGUCGCGUUGAGCUACCCAACACUUCCGGGUUGGAUACAUUCUCAUUUCUUCUCGAUUUACAUAUAUAACAUACACAAGGCCAAGCAUGGAAGUGACAGUGGAACCUAUGACUCUGAAGGAAGGGUUGCCAGCAAAUUGGAAUGGGGAGUUCUCUAUGUUUUAGCGAGGGACAAGGAGGGUUUUCUUUCUAAAGAAGCUAUCAGAAGAUGUUAG